UAUACAUGUAUGCACAGAAAUACCUACAUUUUAAGCAUGCGUAUGGAUUAACAUACGCAAUGAAAAAUAAAAUUUUGCACUCAAGAGUCACAGUGAAAAUAACUGGAAACACUGGGCCUGAACACCUCUGAGCCCCAUGCUCUGAUUCAAUGGCAGAGUCUGGCGGCGAAUGUCCUGCUGACCCCCUUCCGUGCGAGGAGCUGUGUGACAGGGACGAGUCCUGUCCCCAGGGGCAUAAAUGCUGCAGCAGUGGCUGUGGCCACUCCUGCCGUGGAGACAUCAAGGGAGGGCGGGCUGGUGAUUGUCCACACAUUUUGGUGGGCCUGUGCAUUGUCAACUGCAUGAUGGAUGAGAACUGCCAGGCCGGGGAAAAGUGCUGCAAGUCAGGCUGUGGCCGCUUCUGUGUCCCGCCCGUUCAGCCACCAGAACUGGCCACAAACCCCAACUGGACCCUCCGCUCUGAUUCUGCCUUAGAGACCCCAGUGCCUUAGCUGUCCUGAUUUGUCCUGAGCUGCUUCGGUGACUACAGGGGGCUUGUCCUGGCUGCCAGGAGAGGGUGACGUCCUGGGGCUGUGACCCUCCCGGGGGCUCUCGUUGCCCUCUCUGCCCUGCUUCUGUUCCUGCUGCUGCCCUGAGCACUGGAAACAGUCGUGGGUUUGAGCAAUGGUGUGUGGCGCUGCUUUUCCCCAAUAAAGACUGUGCUGACCUUCUUG